AUGAGGAUGAUGAAGCCAGUGUAUUUCAUCCAUGAUGAAGAGGAGGAGGAGGAGGAACAGCCAGCUCCAGAGCCGCUCCGACCCGUAAACGACAGGCCGCUCAAGUUUAAAGACCAUUACUGCAAGAAGCUCAAGUUCUGUGACGUGUGCGCGCGGAUGAUCCUGUUCAAUAAUAAAUUUGCUCUGAGGUGCACAAACUGCAAGACCAACAUCCAUCACCAGUGUCAGAGCUCCGUGGAGUUUCAGAGGUGCUUCUGCAAGAUUCCUCCAGGUUUCAGACGUGUGUAGAGUUCUAGCAGUCAGCAGAACUCCGCUGCUUCCACGAACCGCACCGAUCCGGUGUACGAGACGCUGUGUAUCGGUGUCAUUAUGGCCAACAAGGAGCGCAAGAAGACAAGAAGAGCGUGA